AUGGCUUCCGCACCGACCGCCAACGGCGGCGUCGCCCUGUCCGAGUACGACUUGAUCCUCAAGCUCGCCCGCCAUCUCGACAGGCACAUGAUCUUCCCCCUUCUCGAGUUCAACGCCGGUCAGCUAGUCGACAACGAGACGGAAGAGGUCAAGGAUGAGGCCAAGCUGCGCGAAAUCACACAGGCGAAGUACUCGCUGCUCAAGAAGACCAACAUGACCGAUUACGUCGCCAACCUCUACUGUGAAUUGGAAGGCCUCAAGGAGCCGCCCGCCGAGUUCGCCGACAAGAAGCAGAAGGUGUUCAACCAGCUCCAGAAAUACGAGCAGGAGACAAGCAAGAUUAUCGAGCUCUUGGAGCGGGAUGAUGUAGUCAAUAACCUGCGGAGCGACAAGGUUGCCAACCUGGAGUUCUUGAAGGGGAAACACAAUGUCACAAUGGAGAUGGUCGACGCUCUUUUCGAGCUUGGUAAUUUACAGUACAGCUGCGGCAACUACAGCGAUGCGUCCGAGAUGCUGUACCGCUUCCGAGUUCUCUCGACCGACAACGACAAGGUGUCAUACGCGACGUGGGGUAGGCUUGCCUGCGAGAUUCUCACUAUGACCUGGGAAUCGGCUAUGGAGGAGCUGCAGAAGGUGCGGGAGAUCAUCGACUCCAAGUUGUCCCAGAACGCGCUGGCGCAGUUGCAACAUCGGACCGCCCUCAUCCACUGGGCGCUCUUCCCUCUGUUCAACUUCGAUAAGGCGCGCGAGCCUAUCCUCGACCUCUUCUUCAGCGCCGGUUACAUCAACACCAUACAGGCCAACUGCGCGUGGAUCUUGCGGUACCUGGCCGUGGCCGUCAUCACGAACCGCGGCCGGGCAAGGAACCCAGGCGUGCACCAGAAGCAGAUGAAAGAUAUUGUCCGCAUCGUGAAGCAGGAGGCGUACGAGUACCAGGACCCCGUCACGCGGUUCGUGCACGCGCUGUGCAUCGACUUCGACUUCGAGGAGGCGCAGCGGCAGCUCGUGCUGGCCGAGGAGGUCCUCCGCAGCGACUUCUUCCUGCUGGCGCACGCCGAUGAUUUCGUCGACUCGGCUAGGCACCUGAUCUUCGAAAGCUAUUGCAAGAUUCACGCGCGCAUCUCUCUGAAGGAUCUGAGCGCGCGGCUGGGGCUGGACACGGAUGCGGCCGAGAAGUGGAUCGUUAACCUCAUCCGCGACACAAGGCUCGACGCCAAGAUCGAUUACAAGGAGGGCACCGUGGUCAUGAACCACCCGCCAAGCUCAGUGUACCAGCAGGUCAUCGAGAAGACCAAGGGUGGUUUCUUCAGGACGCAGGUCCUCAGCGCGGCGGUUGCAAGAUAG